UUAAGAAAGAGGGAGGACUCGAGGUGUCUUUACCCAGGUGGGUCAGAGAAGGAUAAUACAUUUCAUCAUGGUGGGGCAUGAUAAUGGACACGGACGUCUUUGUCUGGAUCGAGUCUGGGUUCGACGAUCAGCAGGAAUGCGCAAUUGUAAAGGCAGAGUUGAGUGGAUUGCAGAGACAAGUGGGAGCAUUGGAAGAGAGGUUAGCACGGCUAGAGGAGGCCAGGAGAGGCAAGCGGAAGGUUUCAGAAGGUUUCCCAAGUGAGCCGGAUGACCAGGGUGAAAGAGGAGUGGAGGGGGAUGGUCAAGAGUCACCCCUCUCGAUAGGAGCCCCAAAGAGGCGGGCCGAUGCUCGGGCGAGCGACGAAGACGAAGGAUUUAUUGAAAUAAAGGAGGAGCGGGGUGCUAAUAUGGCCCUGCAUGUUAUUGCGCCGGACCCAGAGAGAGGGCUUGUUAACUUGGAAGCAUCCUCGGCCGCAGGUCGGGGAAGGCAAAAGAGUGGAUGGUGGUCAGAGCAAUGGGUGACGGUGGUAUGCGAUCAUUGGAGAGGGACUGGCCUUAUCCCUCAAGGAAGUAAGGAAAAAGGUGUGAUGGGAAGAAAAGGGGAAAUUGAGUCUCCUAAACCAACAAAGGCUCAGCGAGAGGCGAGGGGUUGGGCCCAGGGAGGUCAGGAUACCGGAGAAGGGCAGUGCUCGCAACAAGAGGUAGUCACUCCGCUAGGAAUGGGAGGCGGAACUGCUCAAAGGGGGCCUUCGGUGGCCGAGCAGACAUUAUAUCGGCGGUUGAUGCCGUACGAUCAGAUAGGUAUAGGGUCUGCGAUUGUGAUAGACUUCUUCAGGGGUUAUCAUGUCUCCGAUUUCCUUGACAAGUUUGAACAGAUAGCAUCCCACUACAAAUGGAACGAGGUGCAAAUGCUGGAAGAGGUCAUGGGGUUUAUCCAUAUAGAGCUGAGGGAUGAAGUUGAUAGAGUGGUUAAAAGAGCGAGGUCAUCAUGGGGGAAAUUUUGUGAUGACAUGAGGCAUAAGUACUGGCUAGGUGAGGAGCACCCGACCAAUAACGAUCCUGAGAUGGUACCCAGGCCUUUGGUAGCCCAAGCCCAGCAAGGGAGACAGUUACAACUAUCGUCGCAACAAGUGCUACAAGGCGGCAGGGCCAACACAAAAGGUCAAAGGCGGACAGUUGGAAGGGUCCGUGGAGAUGGCAGGCGUGGCAAUACGGGCCGUAGAGAUGGCGGGUGUGGCAACACGGGCCAUGGAAAUGGUGGACGCAGCAAUGAAGGUCGUGGGAAUGAUAGGCAAGGCGCCGAGGGUCGCGGUGGGAGCCAGCAAAACCAUAAGUGGGGCUCAAAGAAGAAAGGGGCAUGAUGAUAMCGAAUGAGAUGACCAUUAGAGUGAGCCAGGUGAUUAAGGGUGCGGAGAGGGUAGAUGAGGCGACUAGGGCAGAGAAAGU